AUGUUCCCAGCCAACCAGCCUCUUGUCUCACCUCAGCCUCGGCCUUUAUGUCUCUUUUCUCCACGUCAUAUACUUAGUCACCUAACCUGCACCGAACCGUAUCCUUGUGUGUUCCCUCUUUUAUCACAUCUCAAACAAAUCACCAUGGCAAAGGACGACCGCGAAUUCCGCAUCCUCAUCUGCGGAGGCGGAGUUGCUGGCCUCACUCUAGCAAAUGCGCUUGAGCAAGCCUCCAUCCCCUAUCUCCUCCUCGAACGCCGCCCCGACCUCGCUCCCCAGGUCGGCGCCUCAAUCGGCAUCUUCAGCUCGGGCGCGCGCAUCCUCGACCAGCUCGGGGCAUGGGACCGCAUUGAGAAAGAAGCCGAGCGGAUCAACCUGCUUACUGCCCGUCGAGCAGACGGGAGCGUGAUUUGCGAGGACAGGAGUACUGAGCUGAUCCUGGCGAGGACGGGGUACUGCACUGCGUGGGGGGAGCGGCAGGUUUUGCUGCGGGGGUUGGUGAAUAACAUCAGGGACAAGAGCAGGUUGUUGACGGGGAGGAAUGUGGUGGAGGUGAGGCAUGAUUUGGACAAGGGGGUGAGGGUUGUUUGUGAUGACGGGGAGGAGUUUGAGGGGGAUGUUCUGGUGGGGUGUGAUGGGGUUAAUAGUUUGGUGAGGGGGAGGAUGUGGGAGUUGGCGGGGGUGGUGGAACGGGAGAGGGAGAGUUUGUUCGCUGACCAUAACACGCUGUUUGGCAUUGCGUACGGGGUGGAAGGGCUGACGUCUGGGCAUCUGGAUACAUCGUACAAUAUCGGCCGUGUUGGAAUGACGAUUGUUGCCGACGAGGGAAAGGUGUACUGGUUCGCAGGAGAGCGUCUCUCCCGAAGAUACCACCAUGGCGAAAUUCCACAAUUCAACGAACAAGAAGUCCAAUCCUUCCUCGCCCGCAACGGCGACCUCAUCCUCCGCCCAGACCCCAACCGUCUCACCCUCGCGGACCUCUGGAAAAAAACCGUCGUCCACCGCCUCGUCUCGAUCGAACAAGGAAGAUUCAAACUCUGGCACUGGGGGCGAAUCACCUGCGCAGGAGACAGCAUCCACAAGUCGACCCCCAACUUGGGAGUUGGUGGAAACAUUGCCAUCGAAAGCGCAGCCGCACUGGCCAAUGGGAUCAAGAAGCUGGCUGACAAAUGCGCCCGGACGGGACAGCUGCGUCCCUCGCCGGAUGACAUCCAAAAAAUGCUCGCCGAGUACCAACAGGAACGGGAAACACGGGCAGCUGCGGUUGUGGACGCGUCAGGCUUCUUGACACAAGCCCACUGCAUGCAGACGGCUUAUUCUCGAUUCUUUGUUAACUGGCUGCUCCCCAACUUUGGAGAGCUGAUUGCCGAACUUUUUCAUCACGUUAUGAUCGGAGCGACGAAGAUUGAUUACUUGCCGCUGCCGAAACGAUCACUCAUGGUGACCGCACCGUUCAACCCGACCAUGGGGGAUGGGAGGAGGGAGAGCAGGUUCGAGAGGGCGUUGUUUGCUCUGCCGUUGUUUUUGAUGUCGUGUCUUGCUUUUUGGAUCAUGAAUGUGGGAGUGCCGGAGCAGUGGGCGAAAGAGCAGCGUGAUGGGGGUUUUAUCGCUGUUGACAACACUUUGGUUCCGGUGCUGCGGUCGUUUUAUGGCUGGAGGAGUCUUGACGAGACGAUGGCGUGGGUGAAUAUGAUCUUUGUGCCGGGUAUGUACGGCACAUCGGAAGAAGGCCGCCGGCAUAUGAUCACCUUUCUGUUUGAGGGCCUGCCCUUCUUUACGAUCUGGCUGCUGGAGUCGACACGGCGGGCGAAUGCGCUUACUAUCUUGCAACUGCCCAACCUCUUCCUCACCCUCUGCCAACUCAUGGGCGUGGGCAUCAUCGGCCCCUUCUACCUCUACCUCCACUACAUCCUCUCCCCCAUCGAAUCCUUCGCCGCCCGCGACAAGCGCCUGACCAACACCCGCUGGUCGUACACCGCCCUCCCUGCCAUCCUCCUCGCCUACCUCACCCCCCUAAUCGGGUUCCUCUUCUCCCCUGACCUCCCCCAACGCCAGUCCUGGCUGUUCAUCUGGCAACCCUUCCCCAUCUGGACCGCACUGGCAAUGCUCACCCUCUCCAGACUAUUCAGCGACACCGUCAACCAAGACAAGAUCAACAACUUCACCAAAGACCUCCCCGUUCUUCGAAUUUACAUCGGCUUGGGGAGUAUCAUAGCAGCAGCGGCACAUGUAUGGGGGAGAAACGGCGGGGUUGACCCGGCACACUGGGGGUUGUUUUUCCCGGGAGGGAUCCCGAGACAUUACGGGGAUUUGACCUCGUUCGCGGUCAAUUUUCUAAAGUGGGAUUACCUUUUCGGUUUUGGGAGCCACAUUGUCUGGUUGGGGUAUUUGUUUUGGGAUUUGAGACAGGCGGGCAUGUUGAGGGAGGGGUGGGGGAAUGUGAUGGGGUUGGUGGUGGCUGGGUUGGUGACUGUGGGGCCGGGGGCGACGAUUGGGGGGGCGUGGGUGUUUAGGGAGGGGGUUUUGGCGAAGAGGUGGCAUAAGGAUGCGGUGACGGUGGAGAGUGUAGGGAGGCUGCAUGGGGGGAGUAAGUAG